UCUGAUAAUUGCUCCCCUGCCAACUCUAGCACUCUGCUAAAAUAAGUUGUUACAAACUCUGCUACUAGUACCCAAAAGCCAGAAGAAUGACAAUUUACAGAGUGCGAUCGAAACUGCUAUCUAUUUGUAAUGUCAUCUCAUCUUCUUCAUUCGCUAGAUUCUCCACUUCUUCUCAUAUCCCACCUCUGCUACAAAGAAUUGGAUUUGUUGGGCUUGGGAACAUGGGUGCUCGGAUGGCUAAUAAUUUGAUCAAGGCAGGAUAUGAUGUUGCUGUUCAUGAUGUCAAUCCCAAUGCCAUGAAGUUGUUCUCGGAUAGGGGAAUUCUCACAAAAGAGUCACCAUUUGAAGUUACCGAAGCAAGUGAUGUUGUUAUUACAAUGUUGCCUUCUCCAAAACAUGUAAGAUUCUCAUCUAUACAGGUGUUGGAUGUUUACGAGGGACCAAAUGGUUUGCUUCAAGGUGGUAAACAGUCACGACCAUGGUUAUUUAUAGAUUCAUCUACUAUUGACCCCCAAACUUCGAGAAAGGUUUCUGAAGCUGUGUCUGAUUGUUCCAUGGAAGAUAAGAAAGUAUCUAUGUUGGAUGCUCCUGUAUCUGGAGGUGUUAUGGCUGCAGAGACUGCAACUCUGACUUUCAUGGUUGGUGGCUCAGAGGAAGCUUAUCUGGCUGCAAAAACCUUGUUUCUCUCAAUGGGAAAGAACACAGUAUAUUGUGGCCCAACAGGAACUGGUUCGGCAGCAAAAAUCUGCAACAAUUUGGCAAUGGGUGUGAGUAUGCUUGGGGUGUCUGAAGCUUUUGUUCUGGGACAGUCGCUGGGAAUUCCAGCUGACACUUUAACAAAGAUAAUCAACUCUUCAAGCGCUCGCUGUUGGAGUAGUGAUUCUUAUAAUCCAGUGCCUGGAGUAAUGGAAGGGGUGCCCGCUUCAAGGAAAUAUGAUGGUGGAUUUUCAUCUAAGCUGAUGGCGAAGGAUUUGAAACUUGCUGCAGCAUCAGCCCAGGAAAGUGGUCUUAAAUGCCCAUUGACACAGCAAGCAGAAACUAUAUUCACAGAGCUGUGUGAUGACGGUCAUGCAAUGAAAGAUUUCUCAUGUGUUUUCCGACAUUACUAUUCUGGCAAGGACGAGCUAUAAAUAUAUCACGCGGUAUUGACAAUGUAGGCUGGUUGCUUAGUCCGCUGCUGUAACAUAUGAUGUUCCAUUUGGGCAAAUAAUAAGCAGUUGUUAGCCCUUCUCUGAUUACUAGGAUAUGAAUUUAUAUUUCGAUAAUGAUCUUACCACCUCUCUUUUGA